ACCACCUCACUUAUGUGGCCUACAAUCCCUGAAGCUGGCAAUGUGGGGUACAAGUGGUUGUUUGCGAGCUGUAGCCUACUUACUCAAGAUUUCUCCUAAUAUAACUCAGCUGGUUCUUGUAUCGGAGGAGUCAAUACAAUUAUCGAAGGUUGGAGAUGACUGGGAAGCAGGACUGUCAUCACCGGGAAUGUUGUCUCACCUCAAGUAUGUCGGUAUUAAAGAAGCCGAAGGAUGUGAUGGUGAGCUCAAACUUCUUAGUUAUUUGUUGACAAAUGCAAAGGUUUUGGAGAAAGUUUCUCCAUUAUUCCGUUCUAGUGCUGGUUCUCCUGGUUGCUACAGCUUCUUCAAGUAUCAAAAUGGUGUUUUAUUGAAAGCUAGCAGGUGAUAUUAUAAGCUUUACUAGAACUUGACAGAUGAAAAGUUACUAGAUCUAGCCAACUAAUUACGGAUACUUUCUUGGAUUCUGAGCAAGACUUUUUUCUUGGGAAAUCAAGUAUUUUGGUUUGGUGUUUCUUCCUUUUGUGUUUUGCAGUAUGUCUUCUUCUGGGAAAAUAGUUACAUACAAAUGUCAUUUUGGGACUUGGUUUUGCAGUGCUUUAAUGCUUAUUAUUGUCGUCAUCUUUUGUU